GGCGAGUUGGAAGUGUAACCAUGAAAGUAUCUACAAUAUGCGUUUACGUUCUGAACUGUUGCUUGUUAUUUGUAUUGUGCAGAGACGAAGAGAAAAUAAUGAAGUCGUGCUACUGGCCGAAUGAGGUGUUCGAGCCAUGUUUCGGCGGUUGCGCAGAGGUUUCGUGUGACAACCCGCGCAACCACCUGCGGCCCUGCUACCCCUACUGCGAGGCGGGCUGCGUCUGCGAGGAGCCGUACGUGCGCGACGACAGGACUCACCAGUGCGUGUUGCCGCAAGAUUGCUCACCAACACAAAUGGGUAUACCGGUUCCUAAUAAAAAGCCCGAAAAGCCUAUGCCGCUAAAAUAUGCCGGCAGGUCGGCCCGAGCGCACAACAAGCGAGAAGAUCCGGAAAUAGAAUACAUGGAGAAUGAACCACCUAUUAACCGAGUGGAGGACUUCAAGAGACCCUCCGAAAUAUCCAGGAUGGGCAAUUACUUCAACAUAGUGAUCGCACCGCCGCCCAUCAAAGCCUUACAACCCAGGAAAUUGUUAGCCAAUGAAAUAGGCUCAUACAGAUCUGCUUCCAAAAGAAUGUGAAACGUUUGUUUUUUAGGUAGAAGUAUUUUUUUAUAUCUGAAUAAAAUUGUACUAAGAACUAGGCGAACUAUAAAUAACUUCUUUAGUUAAAAAAAU